AGAGGCUGGUUUGUGACCGGAUUCGCGUACCCCCCACACCGGCCCGUGAUCUACAUCAAGCACGGCCACAACAGUAUGAAGCUGAGGGAUUCGGAGCCCGAACUCAGCAGUUUGCCUAUGAGGCUCUACAGAAAGUGCCUCUGAGCGACCGGCAAGGCAUCCACAUUCCCGAGAUCUAUCGCGUAGUCAAACUCGAAGAGUGAACCUACAAUCUCAUGGAGUACGUCUCUGGGAAGACGUUCCGAGAGCUUAUGGCAGACUGGCGGUCAUUUCGGGAAGUGUCUGAGUACUGCUAUACCAUGGUGGAGAAGGCUAUAAGGCUGUUUCUCUCUUUUUAUGUCUCGGAAGGCGCCGCCCCAGGACCGUACGGAGGCGGCAUCAUUCGACACCCGCUGUUUAACGACUACAAAGCGCCUAUCCAAUACGACUCGGUCGACAUGCUAGAGAAGCAUCUAAACAAGGUCGCAACUAUCAUUCGGAAGGCCACACCUACAGUCAGGCUUGAGCCGGACCUGCACUUUGUCUUCGCAGACCUGUACGAGGGCAACUUCAUGUUCACCGACGCGGGCGAUAUCUACGUCAUCGACUUUGAGCAAGCUAGCUUCUUGCCCCUGUGUUUUAUGUCGUAUGCCCUGAUACAACGCCAUCAAGUCUGCGGUCCCCUCGAGGAAAGGCUCAACCUGCCGCAGAACAACAUCCCAACUAUGAGGCGUAUCUGUGGCAUGUUUGUGAUGAGCACGAGUAGACUUGGUAAGUGUUUGUCUGCAUGAUUUCUUCUUCCUUUUUUUUUUCUUCCAACCCUUUCGCCGACGUCGAUUGACAAGAAUUACCAUA